UCUAGAGUCCUAGCCCGCAAAUAUGAGCAGCGAGUAGCAAAUUUCGAAGGUGAUUUUGAAAAUGAUUGAUGGAGCAAUCACACCUGGAAACCCUAAACCAGUCAGACUCUCUCUUUCCUUUCCCUCCUCAUCGCAGAAGACACCUUAAGAGCGAAACUUUUCUCACACUUGUUCGAAUUCUAUCUCAUUGCCAUGCCGACUCUCAUACUUGUCAUUCCCAUCCACAGGAGCGUCCAAAACAAGAUGUAGAUGUUUAUGCUGAAUCUUCAAGAUUGGAUGAGAAUAAUGAAGGAAGUUCAUUUGUGGAGAGGAAUUUGUUGGAAGAAGUGAACGAAAUGCAGCUGAUGGAAUUGGAGAAAUGGGUAUCUGAUUGUGGUGGGUUAAAUUCUCUUCUUCGUGUAACUGAUGAUGAAGAGAUUGAAGAAGGAGAAAUCUCAGGGGACUUUGGGGUUUAUGACCAAUCAAUGGAUUUGUUGUUUGAAGAUGCUGUAUCAUUAGAAAAGAAGAAUGUGGAUGAGGAGCAAAAUUCUGAAGCCACUAUUAAUGAUGAACAAUUAACUUGUAAGAAACAGAAAGUGGCAAAUCAGGAAGAUACCAAAUCUAAUAAGAAUUUUGUGGAGACAAUUGAUAAUGUGGGUAAGGAAGUAGAAUUAAAAAUUCUAAGUAAUAUGCCAGAGAUAGAGUGUAAGUCGGAAAUUGCUGUUUUUGGGAAAUAUGGUGAGGCUAAACUGGCACAUGGGUAUAACUCUGUGAUAGAAACUGUAAGAAACGAGCAGCAAACUGCUAGAGCUAUUGAGGAGUUCAACCAUCCAGCAGUGCCUGGCAAAAUCUCAAGGGAAAAUGCGACCAAAAAUCAAAGCACUUUAUCCACUGAAAAGGUAUGAUUUUGAUUUGUGAAU